GCAAUUGUGCGUACGAAAAGUGUGUCAAAAUCCGAUGCAUUUUUUUAAAUGCAUCCUAGUGCAUGCAAACUUAUUAGAGUUUUAUCAUGUGCAAAGCUCAUGAAACUUAAUACAAUAAAAUAGGAUACUGGCUCAAACUACGUAUUAAUAUCAUAUGACAUUAUAUAAAGAGAAGCUUUGGUUAUUCAUUAUACAGAAACUUUUAAGAUUCAAUCAUUAAAAGCUGAACUAAAAAUAAUAGUAAUUUCUAAUAAUGUAUUACGACGAUACUUUCCGUCACGUGGGAGAGUUUGGAAGGUAUCAAAAGUUUUUAUACUUUCUCAUCUGCCUACCACAGAUAUUUAGUGGAAUUCAGACAUUUCUACCAGUGUUCAUUCUCCAUGUUCCUGAUCAUCGAUGUGCAUCACCUAUGGAAAGCCAAAUGUCAUUUGCAUUAAACGAUCCAAAUGCAUUCACAAAUAAUAACUAUACGAUACUAUCAGGAGAAGAUAACAAUAAGAUAACUACAUAUUUCCAAUGUGACAUUUUGCAUGAAGAAAUAGAUGUGAAUAAUACAUCGGAUGAUAUCGAAAAUGCUACGACAUAUAAAAAGGAAAAAUGCAAUACGUGGAUAUAUGAUAAGACGUACUUUGAUUUUACGUUCGCAAUGCAGAGUGAUCUUGUAUGUGAGAAAAAAGCCGACCGAACACACGCUGUUAUGUCCUUUAUGGCGGGAUUAACCGGCGGAUCUCUAGUUACAGGAUUUAUAUCAGAUUUACGCGUUGGUGACGAUUUACUGUUUACUGCUUUUUGGUCGAGUUGUUAUUGUAUCUUUGACACAUUCUUCGUUUCUAAUUCUAUUACAAUAAACAAAAUCUCUGCUUUUAUAAAAUACGCUAUAUUUGCACUAAUACCUUAUAUAUUAUUUUACAGUUAUGGAAGGAAAAAAGCCUUUAUGAUGUGCAUAUGUUUACUAAUUUUCCCUAAUAUUGGGCUGACAUUUGUGACUGACUACAUGGUAUUUGUUGUGUUACGAUGUGUCUCGGGAUUUGCAGUAGGAGGAUUGUUAGGAACAGGAUUCGUCUUGGGAAUGGAAAUCGUAGGUCCAACGAAAAGAUCCUGGGCUGGUUUGGUAUUUGAAUUUUUCUGGGCAGCUGGUGCCAUGAUAUUAGCAUUGGCAGCUUACCUUAUCAGAGACUGGAGACAUCUUAACCUUGUUAUGUCUGUCCCACCUGUACUGUUUCUCAGUUAUAUAUGGCUGGUGCCCGAAUCUCCUCGUUGGUUGUUAAUAAAAGGGAAGAUACAAGAAGCUGAAGCAAUCUUAGAGAAAACCGCAAGAUUGAACAAAAGAUUUUUACCUAGUGACACAUUAGAAAAAAUAUCUUUUGCAUCAAAACACCGUGGCCUUCCAUUAUGGAAAGCUUGUACACAUCCAAUAAUAAUGUACCAGCUUACUGUUAUUCUGUUUGGUUGGAUGAUUGUUAGUAUGGUGUUUUAUGGACUUGCUAUGAAUUCUGGAAACAUUGGUGGAAAUCUUUAUUUAAACUUUUUCAUGUCAAGCUUUGCGGAACUUAUAGGAUUUGCAGGAUGUUUAGCCGCUUUACAUAAGAUGGGCCGCAGACCAGUAUUUGCCAUAUCUGUUCUUAUAAGUGGAGCUGCAUGUCUACUUACUAUAUUUCCAGUAUUAUAUGCUAGUACAGAAUACCAAUGGACUGCCAUGGUUUUGUCAACUUUAGGAAAAGUGAAUGUAUCAGCGGCAUUUGCAGUUAUGUUUUUAUAUUCUGGAGAAAUAUUCCCAACUGUUAUAAGAAAUUCUGCGCUAGGAAUUGCAGCUUUCUUUGCUCGCGUUGGUGGUAUGAUAGCGCCAUACAUAAUUGAUAUAGCUGCUUAUAUUGAACACGACAUAGGAAAAGCAACUCCACUCUUAAUUUUUGGAGUAACAGCAAUUGUUGCGGGAAUAUUUGCUUUGAAAUUACCAGAAACAAAGGGCGUGGCUUUGCCUGAAACGAUUGAAGAUUGGAUGAACUUUGGAAAGAGUGGGCUUGCUGACAUCGAGAUUGAAGUUAGUUGCGAAAAACUUAACAAAGAAGAAGUAACAAAAUCAAAGGAAGGAAACUUGAAAAAGAAAAACAUUACCAACUAUAAUGAGAUUCUUCUUUUGUCUUGACAUUGCGGUAUUUCAAGUGACACACAAGCAAAUAGCUUCCGAAAGCUCGGUUGAGUUCGUUGCAAUAUUUGCCAUUGAGAUGUUCAUUCUAAUAUAAAUAUCUGUGGUGAAAUACUUACCAUUUGCAGCUGGAGGCGAAUUAUCAAAACUACGUGACAAAGAAUUGGAUAAACAAACAAAACCAACAUAGUUUGUUACUGUAUCGUUCUUACAUAUUCACAUUGUUCAACAUUAUUUGUAAAAAACACAUUUUACAUUGUUAAACAUUAUUUGUAAAAACACAUUUUACAUUGUUCAACAUUAUUUGUAAUAACACAUGUUUACAUUGUUCAACCUUAUUUGUAAAAACACAUUCAAAUUGUUCAACAUUAUUUGUAAAAAACACAUAUUCACAUUGUUCAACAUGAUACGUGUCAAACACAAUCAUUGUGAAAGCUGUGUGUAAUAGAAAUGGUUACAGUUGUUAAAAAAGCUGAAAUGUGAUAUUAAACUUGGCUUAAGA